AUGAACAAGCCCUUCGGCCAGCUCUUAGUCAGCGAGGAAGGCAACGAGGAGCGGCGGCGAGGACAACAACAACCGACAGUCUUAUUAUUCAGCAAAGCAACGGCAACAAGGAGCGGUGGCGAGGACAACAACCGACAACAGCGGACGAGCAGCGAGGAACAACGGCGGGCGACCAACAGGAUCGACACAAGACAUCAACUGCAACACAAACCCGAUCUUUUUGGUUUUACAUUUCGAUUUGUAUAA